UUAUAUUAAUUAAAAUUAAUACAUUUAUAUUUAAGCGCAACUUCAACUUUGAUAGGUUCCAGUUUGAUGUCAAGUUUACUGAACAAGAAAAAUUAGCCGCGACUACAGAAAAUGUUUUCCAAAAUGAAUUAUUAUUGGAGUGUUUUGGAGAAAAAAGUCAAAUGACCGGCCCAUUGUGUGAAAAAGAAAAGAACAGGCUGGCACUCCAUGAAAGCGGACAUUGUUACGUCGCUUUCUUGUUGGAAUUUGAUGUGACAAAGGUGACUUUGAAAGAAGAGAAAACCUUACUUGGCCACACGCUUCUCAACUUUGGUACUAAGCAGGCGUGGACAAAUACAGAUAAGGAAAACUUAAUGAUGGCCAUUUUGGGAGGUUAUGUGAGUGAAAUGUUCUUCUUGGGCCAGCCUUCUUCGUUAUCGAGUGGAGAUUUGGUCAGAUUGAGAGCAGUAGUUAUUUCCAAGAUAGCCUUAGCAUUGAAAGGAAAUGUUGGUUUUGCUGAUGGUUUGGAUGAUCAUGCUGAGAAUUUCAAAAACCGCUUUGACGCUAAAAUUUGCAAAAACGUUAAUGACUGUGCCGAUCGAAUUAAAAAUUUUCUAGAAUUAUUUCGUCAUAAAAUAAAAUGGAACUUUACGAUUUUUUAA